AUGUUAGUGACUCCAAUUUCUCUGCAGAAUUAUGGUUAUGGAGAAGGUGGUGAUGCAUACUGCACAGCCUGCCUUGCAUGCAGAUACAAAAGUAGCUGGGGCCAUCAUAUAUGUCAUAAUUGCAUCACCUGUGAUAUCAAUUGUGUUCAGAAGGCCAAUUGCACAGCUACCUCUAAUGCUAUUUGUGGGGACUGUCUUCCAAGGGUCUACCAAAAGACACACAUUGGAGACCUGCAGGACCGAGAGUGCAUCCUGUGCACAAAACAGACCCCCACCUCUGAGGUUCAAUGUGCCUUCCAGUUGAGCUUAGUGAAGGCAGAUGUACCCACAGUGCCCCCUCUGGAGGCCACACUUGUACUGGUGAGCAAUCUGUUCAUGGUGUUUACCCUGGCAUUCCUAAGGCUCUUUUUUCUCUACUGCAAGCAGUUCUUCAACAGACAUUGCCAGGAUGGAUGUUCGCUGCAGUUUGAGGCUGACAAGACAGUGAAGGAAAAAUCUAUCUUCCCUAUGUCACCUGGCCAAGAGACCAAUCCUGAGUCCCCACUGAGUGAAAGCAUCUUUGAGACCCAGCCAUUGAACCCAAUCCUGGAUAUCGACAGCAGCUCAACUCUUGGCUUCCCCAUCCAGGAAUAUUUUACCAUGGCCUCCUGCACCUCAGAGAGACACUCUCACUGGGUCCACACUCCCAUCGAAUGCACAGAGCUGGACCUGCAAAAGUUUUCCAGCUCUAACUCCUAUACUGGAACUAAGACCUUGCAGGGAGACAGGCUGAAACUCAAGGUGCCUCUUGAAGUUCCCAGUCCUUAGCUCUAUUGAGGUGAGUUGGAAAGAUGGGGAAGAAAGACCAGAAGUUUGAGACCACCCCAGAAGAAUUAUCCUCUUGAAUACUGUUGUUCAGUGGAACUAUCAGUAGAGAAACAGCAAACUAAGAUCACUGGUGGAUGGUAGAGCAACAGUGAUAAUGCUAUUCAUUCGAGCAAGUCAGAUAUCACAUUUCUGGGCCUUCAAGGAACUGAAUAGGUUGAUGUGACACCUGUCUCUUUAUUCUGGUCUGUUGCAAGGAUUCUCAUUUCCCACUUUCUAAUAGUUAUUCAGUGAUCUCCUUCAUGUAAACAAGCACCAUGACACAGUAGAAAAAUAUACAGGUCCUGACAUCUGGGAGCCCUAUAUUUCAAAUCUACCUACACCCAUUAAUAGCUAUGUGAACCUUGUGUACAUCUCUUUACCUCUAUGAGCUUCAGGUCC